GCCAGGAUCUCCCAAAGGGCAGCCACACUGCUCUUACUGACUUCUUCCAGUCACCUCCAGCCUUGCAAGAAAGGGCCUGGAAAUGAAAGUUAUGUGGAGAAAAGCUAACCUGGUUUUCUAGCAAAAAGAUAGACUACAUUAAUGAUAUCUGUUUUGCUUCAAAGAAAAAACUCAGGGGGCUGUAAAUUCACUUAGAGCAGAAGAGACAAAACCUCAUAAGCUCUGACUUGGCGACCAGGAAUCACUGUCAGAGAUUUGCCAACUAAAGUUCAUUUGAGAACUGAAGUUCUAUGCUUGCUUUGACGAGAUCAAGUUCUUUAGGUGACUUUUCCUGGUCUCAAAGAAAGCUUGUAACUGUGGAAAAGCAGGAUAAUGGAACAUUUGGAUUUGAAAUUCAGACUUACAGACUCCAAAACCAGAACACCUGCUCCUCAGAACUGUGCACUCUGAUCUGCAAAAUCCAGGAGGACAGCCCAGCACAGUCUGCUGGCCUUCAAGCUGGUGAUGUCCUUGCAAAUAUCAAUGGAGUGGGCACAGAAGGCUUUACCCACAAGCAAGUCGUUGACCUGAUCAGAUCAUCAGGAAACAUGCUAACGAUAGAGACUCUUAAUGGGACAACAAUUCUCAAAAGGACAGAGCUUGAAGCAAAGCUGCAAGUUUUAAAGCAAAACUUGAAGAAGAAAUGGGUGGAGUUCAGAUCUCUGCAGUUACAGGAACAGCGCUUGCUUCAUGGUGAUGCAGCUAACUGCCCAAGUUUAGAAAACAUGGACAUAGAUGAAUCAAUAUUAUUUGGAACCCUGCCUGGGGCAGGCCCUGCCCUCCUGGACCGGAAUCGAUUUUCCAGUGAGAGUAGCUGUAAGAGCUGGCUGAGCACCAUGACGAUGGACAGCGAGGAUGGCUACCAGACGUGUAUGUCAGAGGACUCGAGCAGAGGAGCCUUCAGCAGGCAGACAAGCACAGAUGAUGAGUGCUUUGUCCUCAAGGAUGGGGAUGAUUUUCUGAAGAGGUCAUCUUCAAGGAAAAAUCGGAGCAUCAGUACUGCCAGCAGUGGGUCCAUGUCUCCCUUGUGGGAAAGCAAUUUCUCAAGCGCGUUUGGGACCCUACCCCGGAAAAGCAGAAGAGGAAGUGUCCGGAAACAACUCUUAAAAUUCAUCCCUGGCCUUCACCGCCCUGUGGAAGAGGAAGAGAGUCGCUUUUGAUGGCUUGUGGUGCCCUUUCAUAGGCGCUUAUUUCAUAAAUAUCGCUAGAUCAACUUCACCCAGUUUAGUGGGAAAGUGCAGAUAGAUUGCAAAACUGACAUCCUAUUUCAUGACAAUAGUGACUUUUAUUUAAAUUUUUCUAUUAUUAUUUUUGUUUCUUAAAUCAUUUUCCAACUAGGGCAGCUUGAGUUCUAAGCAGACAGUAGGGAAAUAAAGUUUUAAGUUAGAUAAUGUAACAAAUUAACCAAGUGCUUGCUCAUUUUAUGCUGUUUGUGAAUGCAGGAGUAAUAUUUAUUUUCUAGAUUAUCCACGUAAAAAAAAUUGAGAACUUUUGGAGUCGAGUGUAAAUAAAGAUGACAGAAUACAAUUAUUUGGAAUAUCUUCUGCAGGUUAAUAGGUAGGUUUCAAAAGUUUAUAUUAACUUAAUCUCAGUAGCCUCCAGGGGAGCCUUAAUAAUAGGCAAUUUUGAAUGUUACUCUUUAAAUCUAUGAAAAAUUAUAAACAAAGAAACUCAUUAGCCAUUUCGUAUCUACAGUGAUAAUAAAGAAGGAAAUAUAAGAUUUAAUACGAGAGUUUAUGCUUCAUGAGAUCCAUGGAAAGAUAUUGUCUAAGAUGGGAUCUGAGGAAGAUUAUGAUAAGGCUUUUUUUUUUUUUUAAUAAGCAGCCUAAACAAAAUGGGUGGGAAUGUCAUUCUUACUCAGUUCAUUUUUUGUUCUGUGUAAACUGAUGACUCAAGAUCUUACAGCUUUGUGUUUGUUUUUUUUUUUUAAACAAAUGUCUAAAAUUUGAAAAAUUAGAGUUAGGAAAAAGGUUUUCCUACUAUAAAUUUUUUUCACAUUACCCUUCACUUUGUAUUAUAUAUUCCAAAUAGUUACUGCCUCACCACUCAUUUGUCUAUUAUGUUGUUAUUACAUUACUUCUAGCCAUUCAAUCACAUUUUUAUUCUAUACCCAUUAAAGUCCAUGAUUUUUCUGUUCUGGUGAUACAGCUGCUCAUUACCUAUAUUCUAGAGUAGAUAAUCCAGACAAUGUAAUAAAUAACCUUUACUCAUUUUAAGUUUUGUGUGUGUGUGUGUGUGUGUGUGUGUGUGUGAGAGAGAGAGAGAGAGAGAGAGUUUGGGAGAAAUCAAUAGUUGACUUUGAGUGGAAUUGUUAUGCUUAAAUAAACUGAAUAAAGAAUGAGUCAUAUUGAAGGAAAAAAAGAGAAGGG